CGAAAUUCAAUCGACUCAUCGUCGAUUUUUUGUGGAACUUCGCCGUGGAAACAAAGCAAGCGGUGCUUGGACUAGGAAAAUUUUUCUGGAUCGCGUCUGGUGAAAAGUGCUUCGGCUUUCAAAGAGACUAAAAGAAAUAGGUGAAAAUUGUGCUAAAGAAGAUGGAAGAGAAGCCCACGGUGAAGGAUUUGAAGGUGGAGCUGAAGAAUAUGCGGAUCUGUCGCUUCUGCCUCAAUCGCAAUGAGCCCCUCACGAACAUCUAUUCGAUUGAAAAUCGAUUGAAUCGCUCCGUGCCGCUUCCUUUGCAAAUUAUGGCGUGUGUUGCUAUCGAGGUGUUCGUGAACGAUGGGAUGCCUUCGUGGAUCUGUGAAGCCUGUCGGGUCUUCAUGGAGCAUUGGUAUCGCUUCAAGCAGAUCUGCAAGAAAUCCGACACUCAUUUGAGGCAAUUCCAUUUGACCGGUGAUUUGCCUGAUCGCCUGGAACUUCCUCUUCUUCCGGCUGAAUUUCACAAAACGAUCGGAAAACAGCCAUCCCCCUCUCCCUCAACUUCUUCCCCAUCUACCAGUUCUUCCCCAACAACUUCGCAGGCUUUCAAGCGUCCCCGGGCUCCUCCAGCUGUUCAGGCCAGUCAGCCCCUCAAGAAGCCCAAGCAGGAGGUUUUUGAGGUCACCAGUAUGGGAAAGACCGUGACUGUGACCAAGAGCGUGGAGUCUGACACUCCGCCGCCCAUGAAGAUCCUCAACAAGAGCCCCAGGGUUCUCAAUAAACCACCCAUGAGGGGCGUUCCAGUGCUCAGUGAGCCAAUCAUCAAGACCAACGAGUCAGGAACUGUGGAGAUCAUUACGGAAGUUCUGGACAAUGUGGAGGCUUACAAUGAGCCAGAUCCCAUCAAGUAUGCUCCUCCAGUGGAGACUCACGUCUUUCCGUGUCCUCACUGCGAGCGCUCCUUCCCGCUGCGUCAGUUGCUGGACAUCCACGUGAAGAACCACACCAGGGAGCGAGGCUACGAAUGCGCCGUCUGCGAGAAGAGAUUCUUCAGCAAGUACGACUUGGGAAAGCACAUGUUGACUCACACCGGAGAAAGGCCAUAUGAAUGCAUCGUCUGCCGACGAAGCUUUUCCCGUUCAACUCUUCUACAUCGCCAUGAGAAGAUCCAUACGGAUACGCCCAAGUAUCUCUGUGGCUACUGCGAACGUCCUUUCUUGUCUGUGGCCGAACUGGAGAAGCACAGUGAGAAGCAUCGGAAGAACCGUCCAUUCCACUGCAAGGAAUGCGACAAGAGUUUUGCCUUCAAGCAAGGUCUGGAACGGCAUGAAGUGGUCCAUGCCAAGGAUCAGCCACAUCCCUGUGAGUACUGUGACAAGAGCUUCAGUACUCCCAGCAAAUUGGCUCGGCAUCUAACAGCUCAUGCUGGCCAUCGUCCAUUCCCCUGCAAGAUCUGCCCGAAAUCCUAUGUGCUGAGUCAUCAUCUGACCAGACACAUGAGAUCCCACAUGAACAGCGUUGCCACGUACAAUUGCUUCGACUGUGGAGCGACUUUCAAUACGCGAGAUGAAUUGAUUUAUCAUUCGGCUGUUCAUGCAACGCAGAGUUUGGUCUGUCCGCUGUGCAAGGAGCAAUUUGGGGAUCUGGAUGAGGUGACGGAGCACAUUAAGAGUCAUACAGAAGGGGAUCAAUUUGCGUGUGAAUUCUGUGAUUUGAUCUUUACGACAGAAGAAAAACUCGAUGUUCACACGAAUCAGCAACAUUUUGAGGAUCAACAAAAGUACGGACCAUCAACGAAGCAGGAGGAGACUGAAGAAUUUGCAAAUGAGGAAAUUGUUGAGGAAUAUGUCAUUCCAGAGGAUAACAUUGAGGACUUUGAGACAGUUGUGAAGGAGGAGAAAGUUGAGAGAGUUGUCAAGCAGUCGCCAACAAUGAUUAAGUGUACGUAUGGGAAGGGACCUCAGAAGAGGGCUCAAGAAGCCAAAGCGUCCCAGGAGAAGGCGGCUGCUGAACAGGAAAAGGCCGAUAUUCGUAGAUCAGCUCGUCCGGCUAAAGUCAAGAAUUACGCAACUCUCUCGCAGACAAAGUUGGAGGAUGAAGAUGAGGAAUUUAUGAAGGACGAAAAUAUGGAGGACUUUUCGCCAGAUGAUGAAAAUUACAAGACAGAGGAUGAACCAGAAGAGGAUGACGAAUUGCCCAAGAAUACCAAAAAGAAGAGUCCAAGGGCAGCUCCUUCAAAGACUUCUCCGAAGGCAUCCCAGGCAAAUUCAACGCAAGAGAAGAUUUCCAAUAUGCUGAGAGAGGCUGGAAAAAAGUCACAGUCUACUAGUGUCCAGGAUACCCUCAAGGGUCUGCCAAAGGGAGUCACAGUGACCAAGAGGGAUAACUCAAAGGAAAAACCAGCAUUUGGAGGAGGAAAUCAGACGAAGAAAACUUCUCCAGGGAAGCCAGAGAAGAAGAGUCCGAUGUCUGCGAGGGCAGCAGAGAAGCCCAAGGAGAAACCUGCAGAAAGGAGGCCUCAGAAGAAGGAAUCUCCAGAAGAAGUACCGAAAGAGAAAACAACAGAAAUUAAAAUUGGAAAUCAAAUACUGAAAGUUAAAAAAGUGCUAAUGAUGAAGAAAGGGGAAUCCGGAGGACCUUCAACAUCGACAGCUGGAAAUAAUUCGGGAAAGUAAAGUUACAAUUUUAUCCUUAAAUAUUCAUAUUUUUUUUUAAAUGUUUUUAAUUUCUGAAAAGAUUUUUCAGAAAUUUCAGAAUAAGGUUUCAAAAAUUGAUUUUUGAAACAUUAAAAAAUAUUUUAAAAAAAAUCAAAAAUCUAAAAAAGGUUUUUGAAAAAUUAUAAAAUUAUCUUGGGAUUUGAAAGAAUUUGGAGAUUGUACAAAAAAUUCUUUCAAAUAUUAUUUAAAAAAAAGGUUUUUGAAAAAGUCCUCUCAAGUUCGAAGAGUUUCGAAAAUGCUGAAAAGGUUUUCUUUUCAAAAAGUUUGAAUAAUUAAAAUUGAAAUAAUUUUACAUAAAAAAGAUUGCUAAAACACUUUUUUGACAGAUCAAAAGGAUUUUGAAAAAAGCUUAAUUGCGUUUUCAAAAAUUUGAAAAAGUUUUUUAGUAAGAUAGUUUACAAAAAUUUAGACAGGAUUUUGAAAAAAAAACCGAAUAUCCAAAAAUUUGCAAAAACGAAUUCAGAGAAAUAUUUUUCAAAAUUUUUACAGGAUUUUGAGAAAGUCGAAAAUAUCUUCUCAAAAACUUUAAAAAGGUUUUUGAGAAAUUUUUUUUUUUCAAAAUUUGAAAAGGAUUUCGAAUUACUUUUUUUUUGAAAAUUUGGAAAGGGUUUUGAGAAAACUAUUUUUCAACAUUCGGAAAGGAUUUUGAAAAACAAGAAAAUAUUUUUUCAAAAAAUUGAAAAAAAACUUCGUGAGAAAAGUAUUUUUCAAAAUUCGGUAAGGAUUUUGAAAAAUCUGAAAAUAUUUUCUCAAUUUUUUAAAAGGUUUUUGGGAAAAGUAUUUUUUCAGAAUUUAAAAGGGAUCUUGACAAAGUUGAAAAUAUGCUAUCAAAAAUUUGGAAAAAGUUUUUCGGAAAGGUAUUUUUCGAAAUUUUAAAAAGAUUUGAAAAAAAAACUGAAAAUAAUCUUCUCAAAAAUUAAAGUUUUUUUUUUUUAGAAAAAAGUGUUUUUCAAAAUUUAGAAUGGAUAUUGAAAAAGUUGAAAAUAUCUUUCUGAAAAUUUGCAAAAAAAAUUGAGAAAAUAUUUUUCAAAUUUUAGAGAUUUUGGGAAAUCUAAGAAUAUUUUCUCAAAAAUUUCAAAAAAAAAGUUUUUGAGAAAAUAUUUUACACAAUUCUAAAAGGAUUUUGAAAAUAUUUUCUCAAAAACUUGAAAAUAUUUCGUGAGAAAAGUAUUUUUAAAAGUUUAAAAGGGAUUUUGAAAAUCAAAAUAUUUUCUCAAUUUUUUAAAAGGUUUUUGGGAAAAGUAUUUUUCAAAAUUUAAAAAUGAUCUUGAUAAAUUUGAAAAUAUCCUAUCAAAAAUUUGGAAAGUUUUUCAGAAAAGUAUUUUUCGAAAUUUUAUAAAGAUUUUGAAAAAAAAACUGAAAAUAAUCUUCUCAAAAAUUAAAAAGGUUUUUAGAGAAAAGUGUUUUUCAAAAUUUAGAACGGAUUUUACAAAAGAUGAAAAUAUUUUUCUGAAAAUUUGAAAAAAAAAAUGAGAGAAUAUUUUUCAAACUAGAAAAAUAUUCAAAAAAAAAUUUUCAGAAAAUAUUUUACAAAAUUCUAAAGGGAUUUUGAAAAAUAUGAAGAUAUUUUCUCGAAAACUUGAAAAAAAAUUCGUGAGAAAAGUAUUUUUAAGAAUUUAAAAGGGAUUUUGAAAAAUCUGAAAAUAUUUUCUCAAUUUUUUAAAAGGUUUUUGGGAAAAAUAUUUUUCAAAAUUUAAAAGAGAUCUUGAAAAAGUUGAAAAUAUCCUUUCAAAAGUUUGGAAAAGGUUUUUCAGUUUCGAAAUUUUAAAAGGAUUUUGAAAAAUCUGAAAAUAUCUUCUCCAAAAUUGAAAAGAUUUUUGAAAAAAGUGUUUUCAAAAUUCAGAACGGAUUUUGCAAAAGAAGAAAAUAUCUUUCUGAAAAUUCGAAAAAAAAAUUGAGAAAAUAUUUUUCAAACUAGAAAUUUUGGAAAAUCUGUAAAUAUUUUCUCAAAAAUUUCAAAAAAAAAGUUUUUGAGAAAAUGUUUUAAAAAAUUCUAAAAGGAUUUUGAAGAACUGAAAACAUCUUCUCAAGAAUUUGAAAAAAAGUUUUUGAGAACAAUAUUUCUCAAAAUUCAAAAGAUUUUGAAAAAUCUGAGAAUAUAUUUCCAAAAAUUUGAAAAAAAGGUUUUUGAGAAAUGUAUUUUUCAAAAUUUAUAAAGAAUUUUGAGAAAGCUGAAAAUAUCUUUCCAAAAAUUUGAAAAAUGUGUUUCAGAAAAUAUUUUUCAAAGCUCUGAAAGGAGUUUGAAAAGGCUGAAAAUAUCUUUAAAAUUUAAAGAGAUUUUUGAGAAAAGCUUUUCCAAAAUUUAAAAAGGAUUUUGAAAAGGCUGAAAAUAUCUUUCUAAAAUUUUGGAAAGCUUUUGAGACAAGUAUUUUUCAAUAUUCUGAAAGGCUUUUGAAAAAAGCUGAAAAUUGAAAAAAUCUUCUGAUAAAUUUGGAAAAUAUUUUUCCAGAGAAUUUUAUUUCAAAAUUUAGAAAAGGAUUUUGAAAAAGCUGAAAACAUCGUGUUAAAAAUUUGAGAAGGGCUUUUGAGCAAAAUAUUUUUCGAAAAUUGGAAAAAAAAUCGAAAAUCGAAAAGAAUUUCGAGAAAUCUAAAAUUAUUGUCUCAAAAAAUUGAGAAAGAUUUUCAAGAAAAACUGUUUAAUGGAUUUGAAGAAAACAAACUAUUUUCUCAAAAAUUUUAAAGUUUUUUGAGAAAAAUAAUUUUCGAAAUAAUAUGAACAGGAUUUCGGAGAAGCUGAAAAUAAUUUCUCAAAGACGAUUUUUGAGAACAAUUUUGAUGAAGAUUUAAAAUAAGUUCCGAAAUCUUAAUUUUUUUCAAUCAGAAAAACAAAGAUAUUUGAAAAUAUUUUUGAAAACAAGGAUUAUUCAAAAUUUGAAAAUGAUUUUGGGAAAGCCAAGUCAUCGUUGAAAAUGAAAUUUAUCAAAAAUUUGAAGAGAUUUCGGGAAAAAAUAGUAAAAGCCAGAUUAAAUGGAAUAUGUCUCGAAGAAUUUGAGAAACAUCUUAAAUGAACGAAAAAAAUUAAUUUUCGAAAUUAGAAAGAAUUUCGAAAAAAUAUCAAAUAAAAGAAAGCAAGAAUCGUUCUCAAAACCAUAAAUAUAAAUGUGAAUGAGAGUUCUGAAUAUUUUUUGUAGUUCAUUUUUUUUAUUAAGAUAUGCAAAAAAGUUAAAAAAAAAAAACAUAAAAAAAAUUCAAACUUAUUGUAAUUGUUUCAGAACUUUCUUUCCAAUCAAAAUAUCCAAAAAAUUACCACUUUUUUCUUAUAUAUUUUUUAUUACUAACAUAAUUAUUAACUCGUGAUGGGAUGUAUCAUCACAGGAUUAGCUGUAGUUUGAGCAUCAUUUGAAAAUAAUCCAACUAUCUUUCCUAAUGUGUGUCUAGAUUUUAUUGUGAAGAAGAUAGAUGAAUAAAGAAGCCCUAGAAUCCA